AUCUCAAACUUUACUUUCCCAUUACCAGUAUCAAUGGCUCUUUUCACCGUUGCUAUUCUCCUAGUCAUCCUUGGAGCCAUGUGGGUCACUUUAUCACACCUAAAACUCCCAGCAGGCUACCGGAAACUGCCACCGGGGCCUUGGGGUUUACCAAUUAUUGGUAGCCUCCACAUGUUGGGGAGCCUGCCUCACCGAAACCUUAGCCGCUUGGCCAAGAAGUAUGGGCCCAUCAUGUUUAUGCGACUGGGGUGUGUUCCAACUAUCGUAGUGUCGUCGCCUGAAGCCGCCAAGCUAGUCAUGAAAACCCAUGAUGCUGUGUUUGCUAGCCGUCCAAAACUCCAGGCCUAUGAAUACCUGAGCUACGGGGCUAAGGGCGUUGCAUUUACGGAGUAUGGUCCGUACUGGCGGCAUGUGAGAAAAUUGUGUGCAUUGCAUCUUUUUAGCAGUGCAAAAAUCAAUUCCUUUGCCUCAGUGAGGAAGGCGGAGGUGGGGUUGUUAGUGAAGUCAGUUAAGGAAAUGGCGAGUGCUGGAGAGGUGGUGGAUAUCAGCGCAAAGGUUGCUGGGGUCGUCGAAGAUAUGGCGUAUCGAAUGGUUUUUGGACAUAACAAGGACCGGAUUUUUGACUUGAAAACACUAAUUCGAGAGGCCACUAGAUUGGCAGGAACUUUUAAUCUUGCAGACUAUGUGCCAUUCCUUGGCCCUCUUGACCUUCAGGGAUUGACUCAACUCCUUCGCACAAAUAAUGAGGCUAUAGAUGAAGUCUUGGACAAGAUCAUUGACAAGCAUAUACAAGAUGUUAGCAAAGAUGAAGUAAAUCAUAUGAAUUUCAUUGAUGUCGUGCUAUCACUAAUGAAUAAAUCAAACAAUUUUGAGGAUGAUCCGUUAUAUGCUAUUGAUCGAAAGAAUGCCAAAGCAAUCAUCUUGGAUAUACUUGUGGGUGGAAUUGAUUCUUCAAUUACUUCAAUUGAGUGGGUUAUCUCCGAACUACUAAGGCAUCCAAGGGUGAUGAGACGACUUCAAGAAGAGUUAAAGAAUGUAGUUGGCAUGUGUCGAAUGGUGGAAGAAUCUGACUUGGAAAAUUUGGGCUACUUGAAUAUGGUGGUGAAAGAAACCUUAAGGCUGCAUCCUAUUGGACCAUUUCUAGUUCCACGUGAGUCUAUAGAAGAUAUUGUAAUUAAUGGACAUUACAUACCUAAGAAGUCAAGAAUUCUGAUAAAUACGUGGACAAUUGGAAGAGACCCUAAUGUUUGGUCUAACAAUGUUGAAGAAUUCUUUCCUGAGAGGUUCGUUGAAAACAAUAUUGACCUUCAAGGACAUGAUUUUGAACUUACUCCAUUUGGAUCAGGUCGUCGAGGGUGCCCUGGAAUUCAAUUGGGUCUAAUAACUGUUCAACUCGUAGUAUCUCAAUUGGUGCAUUGUUUUAAUUGGAAGUUACCAAAUGACACACCACCAAGUGAAUUGAACAUGAAAGAGAAAUUUGGUUUGACAAUGCCGAGGGUUGAUCACCUGUUAGCCACGCCAACUUAUCGAUUACCUACUUAAAAUUCCUACCUUUAUAUUGUAUUUUGUACAAGGGGCUUUGUAAUGGGAUGGUGUUCAAAAUGUUAGCACGUGCAUGUAUGACAUAUUUCAUAAAGAGUUUGAAGUACUAGUUUUAAUAACUGGCAGUGCAAAAUUACUUAAGACUUA